AUGCAUUCACGAGACAUUCCUCGAAAGCUGAACCCUCUGCAGCGACCUGCCCUGCGCGUGACGUCAGCCUCAUGCCCUCUCGUUCCCCCAGGGUCCCCAAGCUCCUCUCCCGACGACGCCGACGACGAAGGGGGUUCCGGGCCCCCGCCGCUCAAGAAGCAGCGCAAGGCCCGCACCGCCUUCACAGACAACCAGCUGCAGACGCUGGAGAAGAGCUUCGAGCGGCAGAAGUACCUGAGCGUGCAGGACCGCAUGGAGCUGGCGGCCAAGCUCAACCUCACCGACACGCAGGUCAAGACGUGGUACCAGAACAGAAGGACCAAGUGGAAGCGUCAGACGGCCGUGGGUCUCGAGCUGCUCACGGAAGCCGGGAACUAUGCCGCCCUACAGCGCCUCUACGGGCAGCAUAUCUGGCCGUCCACGCCCGCUCUCACUCCUCUCACGCCCACGCUGCCUACAGGUCUGGAGGCUUAUUACAGGCAAGCGGUGGCGGCCCUCAGCCAGCGGUCCCCCGGGGCGUCCGGGCAGUCCAGCGCAGCCACCCUCGCCCGCACCCCAGGGCGACUAACCAUCGCCCAAGGCUCCGUUCGGUCGAGCGAUUCGUGCGCCGAGGGUCAGCUUCAGAGAAAGGACGGAGGGCUCGCUGCCGCCCCGCGAGACGUGGGUCUUCGCUCCCGCCACCAUCUCGACCUGGAACGCAAGCACACGCACUGA